CCUAAAUAUCUUGUUUUGUCAAUGCAGUCGGAUGACAAAUGCAGGAACUCCGGGCUCCUCGUUUGUGCGCACCAUGAUUUGCAGACGGCAAGCUCAAGACUUCUUCAGGGGGUUUCCACCUUAUUGUAGUGCGGCGUGCCCUAUCUGUUCGGACGGUUCCAGGUUCCUCGGUACUCCCCACGCCGACUUACAGACAGGUUGAUCUUCUCAAGUGCUACUUGUCCACACCAAGGUCGCCUACAUGGAGCUCAAGGUGUUCAAAUUUCUGUCCCUCCUCCUUCUUGCCACCCCGUCACUGGCGGGACGCCUGGCCAAGAAGCCUCAAAUGGGUUGGAAUUCGUGGAAUACGUUCAAGUAUGCCGUGGACGAGAAACUCAUCAAAUCCACGGCUAUGAGGUUGGUUGAUACCGGCCUAGCGAGACUCGGUUACGAUUAUGUGAACAUCGACGAUGGCUGGCAGACGUAUCAGCGAGACAGCAAUGGCCAUCAGCAAGCCAAUGCUACAAAGUUUCCUAAUGGCAUCAAAGCUGUGGCCGACUACGUCCACAGCCUCGGAUUGAAAUUGGGCAUUUACAGCGAUGCCGGCAUCUAUGACUGCGGCUUCUAUCCGGGCAGCCAUGGCUAUGAAGAGCUGGACGCCAGCUUGUACGCACAAUGGGAUGUGGACUAUCUCAAGUAUGACAACUGUGGCGGUUUCCAGAUGAACACUCUCUCUGCUCAAGAGAGAUUUCUCCGCAUGUCGUACGCCUUGAAGAACUCGGGCCGCGAAAUAUUCUACUCCCUCUGCGAGUGGGGUCACCAGUUCCGCUGGCUUUGGGCCGACCAGUUCAGCGAGUCCUAUCGCAUGUCUGGCGACAUUCACAGUGCCUACCGCGCCGACAAGUCCGGUGUGUGUACAACGGCAUAUUGCCUAAACACGGGCUACGCCGGUGUGAGUGACUUGACCAUGAUCCGAAAAAUGCGUGAGCUUUCUCCUUUUCAGAAACCGGGAGCUUGGGCUGAUAUGGACAUGCUUGAGAUUGGAACCGGAACCAUGACCGAAUACCAGGAGCAGACGCACUUCUCCUUCUGGGCAGCGCUGAAGUCCCCCCUCAUUAUCGGUGCUGAUAUCAACAAUAUCAGUGAUUCUUCACUGGCAAUUCUGAAGAAUAAAGAUAUCAUUUCUAUCAGCCAGGACGACCUCGGUCGGGCCGCGAACUACCUCCCCGAGCUGUCCGAGGAAGGCGAAUACCAGAUCUGGGCCGGACCUCUGAGUUCUGGAAGGUCUCGCCAUGUCAUUCUCGUUCAGAACUACGGAUCUAAGGCUAUAAACGUCACACUUCCGCUCGCAUCUGUUUCAGGGCUAGAAAAACGGGCUGACCGGACAGGAUUGGUGAUUCGGGAUGUUUGGGCGAGCGUGGAUUCAGGCAAGCUUGGCGAGACGAUAGAACUCAAGAAUGUCGAGGUCGACCAAGUCAAGGUCCUUGUAUUGAAGAAGCGAUAGAUAAUAGUUGAUUAUCGUAUGCCAGAU